AGCGAAAAUACCGACUACCAUCACCAGCCGCCUACGUCUCCCGACAGCCACUCUCUGAACCCAAUGCCUCGAGACACGAGAAAGGACGACAGGCGCUACUACCGCAGCGCCGAAUUCAAGCAAGCACUCUUGGAGGAUCGAUUGCAACAAGAGUUUGUGGUUCAUACACCGGUCGAGCCGAGCGGUGGAGUGAGCAAUCGAUUUUCCCGAUACCACGCGAAGAGGAAAAGCAUUGCAAUGUCAUUUCCCUCGUUGUCCAUGCUGGAUGUGACCAAAGGGGUGCCAGAAGAUCGACAAGCAGAGGACAGCGAGGCAGGAGAAGCGCACAAUAGCGAAUCGGAGAUUUCAGCGUCGCCCCAAUCUGCCACUGUACCAGCAGCAGUAGAGCACCACAGUCCUUUGAGCAACGUUUCAGACACGUCUUCUGAAGCCGAUACGCCGUCCAAAUCUCGCGAGCAUCGUCUGCCCAGGAUUCAUCUCCAUGGCACAGGUCCUUUUGCUAGGCUCGCCAGGCAUAGAAAGGGAGGGCAAGAGUCUUAAAAUGGCCGGAUGGGAUCAUGUUGUCCGCAUGUCGUGAGGUGUAUCGAUGUGGGUGCGGGAGGGAUGUGCGGCUUGCUGAAGGAUGAACCAGCCAACCCGGCCUUGGCGAAGGAUUUACACCAACUGGGACACCGCAACCAUCGUCUGUCAACUGACAACAUGUAACAACAUUUGCGACUGGAGUCAUAGUCGACUUCGCAUUCAUAUUCAGAACGACGACCUCGCACAUGACCGAAAUUCGAGGUUGCGUGCGUUGGUUACAUACGAGUGACGACACUGGAUCGUCCUUUAUACAAGCUUUCGAGGAUCCGCCAUCGAACAUCGUCAUAUCGUCCAUUAAACAGACUUGAUCAUGGACGACCCGAAGCAGAUCAACGAGCAAGCCUACGAUCACCUUGCCGACUGGUAUCUCGACUGGGCCAACAGCCAAGAAUCUCCUCGUCAAAGAUAUACCGACAAAGUACUUCAGAAUGCACGCCCCCAUCCUCACAUUCUCGAACUCGGCUGCGGUCCCGGAAUCCCCAUUACGAAAAUGCUUCUCGACCGCGGCGCCUCCGUCAUCGGCAACGACAUCUCGCGCACACAAAUCCGCAUGGCGACAUCUCGCUGUCCCGAAGCCGCAUUCAUCGCCGGCGACAUGGCCACUCUCGAAUUUGCACCCGAAACUUUCGACGGCAUUACCUGCUUCUACGCCAUUUUCCAUCUCCCUCGUGAAGAGCAGAAAGCUAUGCUCGCCAAGAUUUUCUCCUGGCUCAAACCGGGCUGUAUGUUGGUGUUUAACACGGCGACGAUCGAUUCGGCGGAGAUUCAUGGUGAAAUGAUGGGUCAUGGGAUGUUUUGGAGUAGCUAUGACGUGGAAGGUAAUACGGCCAUGGUUACGGCUGCGGGGUUUGAGGGUGUGGAAGCGGAAGUGAUUGAAGCUGGAGAAGGGAAGUUGGAGGAAAGUGAUCCGGAUUAUGGGGUUUCGUUUUUGUGGAUUUCGGCUUUGAAGAUGAAGAAGAAAAAGAAGAAGAGGAAGGGUACCGAUGACAGUGGUGAUUGAUGAUUCAUUCUCAUUGAACUCCCUGCCACUCGACAUAUAUCAAUAAUGUCUUUGAUGUGUGUGUACCACAUAUCGCCUUCAUCAUCAUCAUCAUCAUCCUCUUCUCACCCAAUUGGCACCAAUUCACAUUCCCUCUACUUCGUCGCACCCCCAGGCACAUUCUUAUUAAUCUGCCCAUCGGCAAGUUUAUUAAUCUUGUCAUCAUACUUGUCUCCCAUUCCCAAGCGAUCCGUCGCAUUGUCGAUUUGAGUGUGACCAGCACCACUAAUUCCCUUUUCAAUUCCAGAUUGAGUACCUCCUGCUCCUCCGGUGGCGGCAUCAGUGGAACCUCCGCUGCUCUUGCCCAUGGCUUCUUUGGCUUUGUUGAGGAGACCGGACAUAGUUAUUGUUGGGUUUUGGUGUUUUGGUUUGGGUUCUGGUUCUGGAUUUGGAUGGUA